GACAUCCAAGAGAGAAAUGUGUCUUUUGUCUGUCUGGAAAAUUUUCAGCCAAAUACUGUCUUACUGAACCAGUGAUUAUAUUAAUUUCUCUAUAUAGAAACAUAUAUGGUUGAUAACAUAAUGCAAGGCUUUGAAUACAGCUCCGCCGGAGCACGGUGUUCCUCCGGUACCGGCGGUGAAGAUGGAGUGAUGAAGGAGCAAGAUCGGCUGCUGCCGAUAGCGAACGUGGGGCGGAUUAUGAAGAAGAUUCUUCCCCCUAACGCGAAGAUCUCAAAAGAGGCGAAACUGACGAUGCAAGAAUGUGUUUCGGAGUUCAUUAGCUUCGUGACCGGAGAAGCGUCGGACAAGUGCCGGAAGGAGAAGCGGAAAACGGUGAACGGCGACGACGUUUGUUGGGCGCUGGGGAGUUUAGGGUUCGACGAUUAUGCAGCGCCGUUGAAGAGGUAUCUGCAUAGGCACAGAGAGAUGGAAGGGGAAAGGGCGAAUCAAAGUAAGAGUGUUGCAGGUGAAAGAAGUACUGAUGAAAGGGAAGAAGAGGAGGAAGGUGCACCAAUAAUGUAUAUAAGGGAAUCUGUAGGGCAAUCCAAUUUUUGCCCAACAGCUUCCCGAACCAACAAUUUCAUGAAGUGA